GUAACUUUGGAAAAAAUUGGCGGUUUGUUUUUCGAGCUGUAGUGUUUCCUUGUUCCCGAUAAGAAUUAUCUUUGAAAUUUAUUUUAACAAAUGUUACCUCAGUCGUUACUACAAAUGGGCAGAGCCUUAUAACACUAGUAACUGCUCCAUGGCAGUAUUUAAUUUGACAUUGGGUUGUUAAGUGUAUGCUGACAAAUUCAAAGUUCGAAAGCUAAGUUGGCUAACGCUACCAGUAAACUUUUUGGCUAGCAGCAAAGCUAGCUGGCUAGCUGUUUAAUAUUAGCCAGGCUGGCUUUUUGAAUCAGCACCGGACACUCGCAUAGCUUCUACCUAUCUCGGAAUAAUGGCGAACCCGGUAUUUUUGCAGAAAAAUAAUGGAAAAUAUCUGUGGUUUUCUCUUCUCGGACUCGGAUUUCGAACAGACACAGCAAUGUCGUCUAUCGCCGGCAAAACCAACAUUAACGUUAAACACAUCAACCUGGGACCGAGUAUGUUUGAUAGACCAAACAAAGAUGCUUUCUACAUAGUAACCCAUUUCCUGUUGGAGAAACUCAAUCCCACACGAUAUCAUGAAGCAUACAGGCAUUGCUGGCCUGUUUUAAACCAUAAAGCAGAUGCCGAGUUCCGCAAAGUUACCUGCGCUUGGCUGCGAGAAAUAAUGGAUGAAUCUGCAAAUGCGGGAUCCAAAGUGGUUGCUUCCUUGUUCCUCUCCCCUGGAGGCCCCAAGUUUAUCAGCUUGAUGCUUAAUUUGGCCAAUCAUGUCAUGCUGCAAGAAAUGAAGACAUUCACCACAGAUGACAGCUGGGUGCCUGAGGCUGCAGCGAUGCCCGCUUCUUCUGUGGACAUGGCAGUGAAAAGACUCAACCUGAUCAGUAAAAGGUUUUUGAAAACUGCAGUGGAUCAAGAUCGUUUUCUCCAGGAGUACCAGAGACAAGCCCAGCUUCUAGUGAAGUCUGUGAAGGAUAUUGGAGAAGAGGGUACCAAGUAUGACGAGCUUCUCAAGCGUCAUAACAGUGAUUCUGCACAGGAGGCAGCUCUUCCAGCUGAGAAGACCAAAAAGGUGCGCUCCUUGUGGUCAGCCAUCGAUGAAAUGCUGUCGACAACCAAAGACGAGCAAAAUUCAGUGGAAAGGGUUUUGAAAGGGGAUGUAGACCAAUACAUCCUAGAUGGGACCGAUCGAGUCCUCAAAAUUCCCCAGAGUCUACUGGAGAGAAUUGAGCAGCUCCCACAUCAGUUGAGCUCAGGGAAUGUGUAUGAAGUCGGCCAGCUAAACCUCCUGUGUGUGUUGGAGCUGGCAAACCACACGCUGCAGAUCAUCAGGGAGGAGCGUUGUCGGCUGUCUCAUACCCCAAAGCCCCAGCUCAGUCCUCGGGACCUGCAGGUGAAAUGUCAGCAGAUGGCCCGUGUGCUGCAGGACCUCCAACUCAUCAGACAGAAGAUUUCCAAGGAAGAAAUUCCUAAGGUCAGAAGUACCAUCGGAGAGUUGGAGGCUGAGUGGGACAGGCAGUGGAUAGAUACCCUCAAAGUCACACCCCUAGUCUCUUUUCUGAAUGAAGAUCCUGCUCUUGGCUUCCUCUCACCAAUGGCUCCACUGUCAUUUGAGCCGGCGGUCGGAGCCAACUACAGAAGUAGUGUCUUCUCCCAGUAUCCUGCUAAACUUCUUGAGGAGAAGCUGAAAGAGAGUGAAUCACACAAAGGCGUCAACCCAAGUAAUUCUAACCUGAAAAGCAGCUCUUGCCCUGCAGCAGCUGAGAGGACUCAAAGUCCUGCUGUCACCACUGAGGCAUCAUCGCGAGCGAAUACUUCUCUCGACUGGCUUUUUGACACACCUCCUUCCCCUCCUCUGAGGGCUACACCUGUGCCGCCACCUGGGGCCAGUGUGAAGAAGAUAAGUGUUCAGCCGAAGGUGGCUCCCAUGAGGACCAAGACUCAGAUACUAGACAUGGAGUGUGAUAACCUUGCUGAUCAGUUUGCAGAUGCUGUAACUACAGAAGGUAUGGUCAAAGGUGUGGACCUGGAGGGUCUUCUCAGCACUCUUCAUGGAGAUCCCUUCUCUACUCGAAAGCAACUGCCACGUACCCCUGAAAGCCUCAUUAUGGAUGUGAAAAGCUCAUGGCGGAGAGCAAUGGAGGAGGACAAAGCAGAGAAAAUCAGACGGUCAGCAAAGUUUAAUGACAGCAUAAAGGGGCGACUCGCUUCCCCUGAGAAUCCUCACGAUGUGUUGCUGAGCUCUGAUGUUCCCUCCCAGAGUGUCUCCUGCAGUAUCACUUCUCCUGUCACAAACCACAGCAGCCCCCCUGUCUGCCAGCAGAGGGUCUUACUGAAGUCCUCUCUGUUGUGGGACACCUUCAACACUGAAGCCCUUGACAGCCCAAGUGGCACAGACAGCAGUGCCGUCCAGUUCAGUCUUGACCAAGAAACCCUCCCUGAAAUGCCAAGCUGUGACAGUCUGCUGAGCCUUGACGAUGAGGCAGUGGAUAUAAAGAGUGAGGAGGAGGAUGAGCUCCUCAUCCCCUCCCUGAAGACUGAAGUAAAACAUUCGCCACUAACUAUGGCUUUUCAUCGGGGUCUAAUCCAGAAGGCGUGUGAUGACGGUUCCUUUAUCAAAAGCAGAAAGAGGACACCAGAGUGCCUUGGGUCAGGUCACAUGGUUUCUGGUUUGGACAGAGACUGGCUCAUGGAGCCUGCAAAGUCAGUGGAAGCCUCAGACAAGGUCUUCUCACUGGACCUAGACACACUAGAGACACCCUCACCCCCAAACAAGCAGGAGUACAGCCUCCCAACACUGAUCACAUUCUCCCCGAUAGAUGACAUGAAGUGUUAAUUGCAUUCAUAUCAAAAUCACUUUACAGCCUUUGUCUUAAACUGUCUGCCUUGGUUUUAAUAGAUGUGUAAUGUUACAAAUAUUUGUUCAAACAACUGUACAUAGCUGUGAAAUAACUUAACUGUAAUAUACUAAUUUAGUUUUCUGUGCAUGAGCUUAUUGGUUUUAACUUAAAAUAGUGAUAUGAACUGCUUGAAUAAAAUUGUUUAAAAAAAAAAAAAAAAAAAAAAUUUCCACUAACUUGACAGUGUGGGACAGCAUCAUGGAUCUCUGACUGAGCAGUUUCAAAACAGUUUAUUGCUUAUUCAUUUGCAAGAUCUGCUUGUCUGUUAACAUAAUGGAUAGCAGCAGUGUUUUUGAGUGAAAUUAAAACAUUUACAUUGCACUAUUGGCACGUAUUUGUAUGAUGCAGGAUGCUAAAAUGUUUUUUUCUAAGUAUGUGACCACAGGAGGAACCGAGCUAAGUCAGGUUGAUGAAAGUAGCGGAAUUUCCUGAAUGUUGGGAGGCAAAAGUAUGUGUGCGAGAGGGAGAGUCAUACAUAGUUUAAUAUACAUGUCACUUUGUUUUAUCAAAGUGAUAAUCAAAUGGUUAACUAUAAUGAUUAAAAUAAAAUGGCUAUAAGAAGCUUACAGAUCAUCCAAACAUUUGUUUGUUCUCCUUGUGCAUAUUUUGGUUUAAUUUCCAUUUGAAAUCAAUUUUCUCUUUUCCACCAAUUGUACCUGAAUUUGUGAAUCUGCUUUUCCUGAUUGUUGUCAUCCACAAACCUACAUACAUUUGAAUUGCUAAAGCUAAAGGAUUACCGCAAUGAUAUAGAUAAUAAUGGUAUGAUUGGAAACUGAAACAUAUAUAUUGUUGGUGGAUCAAAGGAUGAAGUUCUCAGUUGACAAUACUAUUAAUACUGAUGUACCUGCUGCAGGGAUUAAUCACAGAAAACAGCAUAAUGUUCAGCAAGUGUUAAUGACCUGUAUUUGAGUGUUAAUGGACACAUAGAAGCUCAACACCUAAGGAUGAAACCAUGAUCUUUUUUUCCCCCAUUGUCCUGUACAAGGUGAUUUUUCUCUAUAAUCUUCAAUCAUUCCAAGGUGACUCUCAGCUACGGAGAUAAAAGCUUUUUUCUCAA